AUGCUUCUCAUUCGGGGGAAAUCCAACAGAAUAGUUACGUACCUCCUACAUAUCAGAUUCUCCUCCUUCACCUCUUAUUCUUUCUGUUCUCACUUUUUAAGCCUCUCUAUGUUCUUUGACAUUACCGUCCUUACUUUUCUUUCACUGUUUAAACUUAAUACUAGACAAGGUUACAUGCGAUGUAAGAAAAUUAUAAUUCGAAAUUCUAGCUUUUACCUGGACCCGAACACCGACCAAGUUUGUUCCUUCCUUCUUUCUUCAUUUCUUGUUUAUCUAUCUCAUUUAUUUUCACAUCUAUCUGUCUAUCUCAGUUAUUUUCACAUCUAUCUAUCUCUCUCAGUUAUUUUCACAUCUAUCUAUCUAUCUAUCUCUCUCAGUUAUUUUCACAUCUAUCUAUCUCUCUCAGUUAUUUUUACAUCUAUCUAUCUCUCUCAGUUAUUUUCACAUCUAUCUAUCUCUCUCAGUUAUUUUCACAUCUAUCUAUCUAUCUAUCUCUCUCUCUCAGUUAUUUUCACAUCUAUCUAUCUAUCUAUCUCUCUCAGUUAUUUUCAUCUAUCUAUCUAUCUAUCUCUCUCAGUUAUUUUCACAUCUAUCUAUCUAUCUAUCUAUCUAUCUCUCUCAGUUAUUUUCACAUCUAUCUAUCUAUCUAUCUCUCUCAGUUGGACUGUUUAUUUAUCUAUCUAUCUAUCUAUCUAUCUCUCUCAGUUGCACUGUUUAUUUAUCUGUCUAUCUAUCUAUCUAUCUCUCUCAGUUGGACUGUUUAUUUAUCUGUCUAUCUAUCUAUCUAUCUCUCUCAGUUAUUUAUCUAUCUAUCUAUCUAUCUAUCUCUCUCUCAGUUAUUUUCACAUCUAUCUAUCUGUCUGUUUCAGUUAUUUUCAUCUAUUUCUAUCUUAUCACCUUCCCCACCUCCACCAUUCUUUCCCACUCUUCACUUUCACUCUCACUCUCUUUCCUACACUGUUUAAAUCACGACUCUUCCCAACACCAUUUCUCUCUAUUUCUUUUCCUCCUCCUCCUCCUACCUUUACUAUUUUUGUCAGACAAACACUCCUACUUCGCUUGACUCACUUUAAUAUUUUCCCUCUCUAUAGGUUUUAUUACUUGCCCCUUUUCUUUCUUCUGCAGGCAUAUUAUACAAGUUCUUCACUGACUGGGAAGGGCUAG